AUGCUGGUGGCGGAGGGAAAGCAGCGUCUGCUGGCGGGCUUCAACGCGCAGCCGCACGCCCUACCGCCUGACCCGGCCGCCGCUGCCGCCGAAGACGAGGCAGAGAAGGAACUCAUUGCACAGUUUUACGCCGACCAGCAGGCUCGCCGCCGACAGCCUCCGCCGCAGCUGAGCACUGAGCCCCCGUCUCAGUCGAAUCCUCAAUUCGGCGCCGCACCGCACGCGCAAAAACAGCCAGACGUCGCGGCGGAGUCCACUACCACUCGCCUUCCACACGACUUUGCGGUGCGGCAGCACAAUAAUGGCGCAACGGAAGUAGCAGUCGACACCACAAUUACGCAACAGACAAUCCACCCACGACAAACGAAAAGCGGGCACGCACCUGCAACACUAGAAGAAUUUCGCCAGCAACUUCUGCGGCAAAAACUACAACGCCGCACGGAAGCAGACAACGGCCAUACAACAGCACGUUCCCACCCGCCACUCGCACCAGUUAACCUGGGCUCUACCACAGACAUAGGCACCCAACAACAAAAGGAGAGCCACAACAGGACUUCGAUAAAUACGGGACAAACAACUUCACCUUCCCUUCUACAUAGUAAGGCGCACGAAUUCAACGAAUUACAUAAUAGCAGCUCCGCGAGAAGUACGACCACAACAAAUACUAUGGAUCAGCAUCACUUUAAAUCACUAUCAAGCGAUGAGACGAGCGACCGCGACGCCAUUGUGCAGGCAGAGGAAGCCGGGCGACGUGCUGCCCUUGGGGCCGCGCGGAGCGGCGCGACAGCCAUUGCUGCUGCGGAAGCGCUGGGCCUGACGGAGACGAGCGGCCGCGACGCCAUUGUGCAGGCAGAGGAAGCCGGGCGACGUGCUGCCCUUGGGGCCGCGCGGAGCGGCGCGACAGCCAUUGCUGCUGCGGAAGCGCUGGGCCUGACGGAGACGAGCGACCGCGACGCCAUUGUGCAGGCAGAGGAAGCCGGGCGGACGUGGCUGCCCUUGGGGCCGCGCGGAGCGGCGCGACAGCCAUUGCUGCUGCGGAAGCGCUGGGCCUGA